GUCUCAGCUCUCGCGAGGUUUCGUCUUCCGGGACUCGCAGGGGGACGUUCUCGGUGAAUGGUGUGGCGAUGUGUGGGGACUGUGUGAAGAAGGAGUACCCCAAUCGGGGAAACACCUGUCUGGAGAAUGGAUCGUUCUUAUUGAACUUCACAGGCUGUGCGGUGUGCAAUAAGCUGGAUUUUAUGCUGAUCACAAACAGAUCCCUGAAGGAGGAAGAUGGAGAAGAAAUAGUUACCUAUGAUCAUCUGUGUAAGAACUGUCAUCAUGUAGUGGCCAGACAUGAGUACACCUUCAGUAUCAUGGAUGAAUUCCAGGAGUACACCAUGCUGUGUCUGUUGUGUGGCAAAGCUGAAGACACUAUCAGUAUUCUCCCUGACGACCCCCGACAAAUGACUCUGUUGUUCUAAGCUUCCUGCGGAUUUACCUCCUUGCAAGAAAAAGUAAUUUGGGGAAUUGCUGUUUCCUAGAGUUGAGCUCCUCUGCGAAGGUCCCUGUACACAUCAGGGCAGCCAGAGUGAAAUGUCUUUGCUAGCGGUUAUUUGGCUAGAAAACCACUCGAACCUAUGCACGUCCUGCACUCAGAGGUUGGUCUCCUGUCAGAGGAAUCCAGGACUCCUUGCAAAAGUAAAUGAUGAAGUGGGGCAGGAAUUCUACAUGGUGAACUUAGAGUAUUUUGUACUACAAAAAAUAAAUAAACAAACAACAACAACAACAACAAAAACCCACAAAAAACAAACCACAGUGAUUAAGGGAUGGCCAGACAAGAACUCCCAGUGAACACAGCAGUAGUAAUGUGAAAAUAAGUGACUUGAUAUUGGAUCAUAGCCCAGAAUGUGUAGUCAGUAUCCAUGGGUCCAUGGUGAUAGCAAUGAUUGGGUGGAUGGAUGGAUAAAAAUAAAUAAGGGAGGGAGAGAGAAAGGGAGGGAGGGGCGUGGAUUUCCGAUGGUUCUACUUCCUCAGUGUGGGCUGUGUGCCUUCCUUCCAGAGUAGCAUGGAGAGGGGAAAGAGUGACUUUAAGGAAGAGAGCCCUAACAAACCCUGGCUUAGCCAGGCGGUCAAGGUUAAUCCUGCCAACGGUACGCCAUCUUGAUGUCAGACACUCUUGAUAUGAUGCAGUGUGAAGAGCUCUGAGUUUUUCUUCCCAGAGAGCCAUAGUCCAUGUAAUCAUAAGAACCACCAAGUUCAGUUCUACAGACUGAUAGUAUCUUUCAAAGCAACUAAGGUCUUCAAAAACAAGGAAAAUCUGAGAAACUAGGAGGCUAAGGAGGAAUGGUAACUGAAUGUACUGGGACCUAAAUGGAAGCCUAUCGCAGAGGAAGGACGCAUGGGAGAAACCAGAGACAUCCAUCGGAGUCAAGGAUGGAACGUAAGUUUAUAGGAUCUCACUUACUCCAAAGGGAUCAUAGAAUGUGUUGUGUGCAUAAUUGAAAGAGCACUGGCUUGGUGGUCAUAGCCCUGGCAUUUAGGCCACCUUGUCCUCUGGAAGCAGAUAGCCACUAAACAGAGCCGUACUCUAGACUUCAGUAUCCUGUUUCUGUAAAACUAGGCUAACAGAAUGUGAUAUUGUACUCCUCUUGCAGUAUUGCUAGGAGACCCAAAUGAACUAGUGAAUGUAAAAUACUUCAGAAAGCCUA